AAGAGCGUAUCAGGCAGCAGGGGACUUGCAGGGAACGUAUCCUGACGUCGGUGUCCCCCCUGCGCAUACCCUCACCUGGGUCACCUGGCCUAGCCAGGUUCUAGACUCUCUAUAGUAUGGGAUACUCGAGUCGAACGGUUCACGUCGCGUAUCAGAAAAAAUGAGCUCGCUGUCUCAAGACACAACCGACGAUGUGCGAACAUCCAAGUCACCGAAUUCAUCUGGGGAUGUACGGGACAAGACUAAGAAUUGGGUCCAAUUUGAUGAUGAAACUCCACCAGAAACGCCAGCACGUUUAAAACCACCCGAGAAGGUAGAAAAAUCAAAUGAAAAUAAUCCUGUGGUAAUGAGACCAGACACGGUAGCUGUGAAUGUUGAGAAAAUAGUUAACUCUGAAGAAGUGGUCGAAGGUGCACGAAACAAGUCGAACGAUGAAUACAGUGGUGCAGUAAUAGCCACCGAAUCAGUUCAUAUUAAUCUAGAUAGAUCUGGUCUAAACAGAUCUAUAUCCUCAGAAGGACCUGACCUAAAUUUACCAUCUGAUAUUAGAGUGUCGGAUCCAAAAAGUGCUUCUUUGAAAACAAUUGACCUUCGGGAUACUUCGAAUGGGAGACCAAGCACUAAUAACGUUAUUAGCACGCCGAUUGGUAACAUUAGGCAGGGCUUUGCCAAUGGGGACACAAUUGUCACACUUUUACCGGUUAACACAAGAUGGCCUUGGAUUACACCCGCUAAAUUUCGACCAGAGUUGGUUCCUGAAGAAUUAAUGGCUCAGGGUUUAACCCUUACAGUAGAAGAUUAUGUGUAUAUAAUGGGAGUACUUGUGAACGAUGUUCGAUUCAAUAUGUACAACAUAUGCUACAAACGUAUUCUCGUUUUAUGGAUAUUUACUGCCUUUGUAGUAUUACUGGGAUUGUUAUUCUCAGGAGUAACAGGAUUGACUUUGUUCGGUCUUGGUGUUAUGUGGCUAGUCUUGAAUGCAGCUGCAAUAUUUUUGUGCAUGUUUGUUAAGAUAAAAUUGAACCAUAAUCUAGAAAAAUGUAUGGCUCAAGUCAACCGCCAUUUAUUGCGACACAAGAUAUUACUGGGAUUAGAUGACCGUGGCAAAAUAUCAUGCCAUAAAGUCAACUUGUGUUUUAUUUAUUUUGACACGACCGAUUGCAUUAAAAAAUUGCAAGAAGUAAUUGAGAGGGAGGAGCGAGAAGGCAGAGUCAUAGGAGGUGAUGAGGCAGCUGAAUCAAAACGUAGACAGGACCUGCAACAAAGAAUGGAUAUUGAUGACAGUGAUAUCGUUAUACAGGGUAGCACAACUACGAGAGUAUCACGCAAACAGGAGCGGGCGGAGUUGCUGCUGCUGAGAUAUGCGUCUAGAUGGGCGCGACACUUUGCAAGGCGCAGACUUGACCUGGUUAUAGAUUCCCAGGAACGAAAUAGAACUGUUGUGGGGACAUCGGUCGCACCACGACACUGCGUCUCCGCCCGCUGCCCCUGCCAGUUUAUAGAAGAUCACCUCAAAUACAAACCCAAAGCUGGACAAAAAACAUUACAGGUGGCAGUUUUAUCGGAUUCUCAGACACAUUAACUGCAUACAGCUUGUUCACAAUUACCAACUUGAUAUCCACCUGGUUUCACUUGGUGCGCUUAUCUUAGUGAUCCUGCUGUUAGAGUCAACACGUUACCAGAUUUAAAUUACCAUUAAUACUAAUUGUCUUACAAUUAAAACUUGAUGCACAAAAUUCUUGCAACUUAUUUUUUCAGUCAACUCAAUUUUUUUUUAAAUCCAACUAAUGAAUACUGAGUGCUUGGCAACUCAUUUUACAAAAUAAUUUCAUGUUCUGAUGAAUCAAUCCAUUAUUUAUCGUAGAAUUAUUAUGUAAUGCGAGAACUUUGUAAAGGCACCUGAGUUCAAGCAAAACAUAAUAGUAUUCUCUUGGAAGAAUAUUGUGCCUUUGAUACGAAGUUUGGAUAAGAAUAAAUAGAUUUUGACGGGUCGAGAAUGUAUCGAUAUAUACAAUGUGACUGAAAAGUGCCUAUUUAUUAGUUUGCAAAAAAUUAUACUAGCAUUCUCAAAUAUAUAUCUAUUGCUUUAUAAUUCUCCAAUGUGAAAUAUCUUCACAUUUGGAUUUCAACAAACCUCAGAUGUAUAAAAAUAUAUAAAUAUUGCAACUCUGUAUGUGCAAAUAUUUCUCAAUCAAAGAAUCCACUUUUGAAAUUCACUAAUCACGAUCUGCUUCCGAAUUUUGCAAACAAAUCUACUCCCAAGUGGUAUUUUAAUAUUCUAUGUAUAACUACUGUGUACAGGCAUUAAUCCAUUGAUUCAAACUUUUAUCCAUAUUUUCAAGUUUUCCAUGUAAGUUUGAAGAUUCAUGAAUGGUACUUUUCAAAAGUGGCUUUAAAUCUGUUGAGCGUCUUGUCUUCCGAACAACUUGACAACAGGAAUCAGAUUCAAGUGCACUUUGAUUAUCUUAUUGUACAACAUUCCAAGUCUAAUAUUCGCAGUAUAUUGUGAGUACAUGUUUUUUCUUUGCUGAUCGACAAAA